AUGCUUCUCUCCGAUCCAUAUAAUGAGAGAAUCCUGAAAAGCGACAUAUCGCUUAUGAAAAGUAUACUGUAUCGAUUCGAGGAGCAAAACGGACAAGACAUUGCAACAAGGGAAACUAUUUCAGAGCUGAGAACUCUGAAAGCUGAACUUGUGAAGCUAUGGAAACGGAGAAUAAGAGAUAUUGUGAAUUUUGAAAUCGGUGCACUCAUUUUUGUAAGUUAA